AUGCAGCAGCACCAUUAUGUUUUCAAGUACAUUAUUAUUGGUGAUAGCGGAGUGGGAAAGAGUUGCCUCCUACUGCAGUUCACGGACAAGCGGUUUGAACCGCUGCACGACUUAACCAUCGGAGUAGAAUUUGGUGCCCGCGUAGUGACUAUUAAAGAGAAGAACAUCAAACUGCAGAUUUGGGAUACAGCUGGACAGGAAAGCUUCCGGAGCAUCACUCGCAGUUAUUACCGUGGGGCGUGUGGUGCGCUUCUCGUGUAUGAUGUAACCCGUCGUGACACUUUUACGCAUCUGCAAACAUGGUUGGAAGAUGCGAGGUCAAAUGCCAACACGGCCAUUGUUAUUAUGCUUAUUGGAAACAAAUGUGACUUGGAGAAGAAACGAGAGGUGUCACGGGAGGAGGGUGAGGCGUUUGCACGGAAGCACAACUUGGUUUUUAUGGAAACGAGUGCGAAAACAGCGCAAAAUGUGGAUGACGCGUUUCUGAAAACUGCGGCAAUGAUUUAUGAUAAUGUGGAGUCCGGCGUGUUGGAUGCGGGCGCCGUUUCGGGUAAACAAGGGACAGGACCCGGCGUGGCGCGGGUGUCGAGAACUGGUGGUAAAAAGUCAGAAGACAGUGAAAGUGGCUGCUUCUGCUGA